ACCAAAUUCAGACUUCUUUAAAAAAUAGUGAAGAUGGCGAUGACCAGUGGAAUGUGGAGCUAUCUUGGCUCUGCCUCUGCAAGUCUAGUGGUCAUCAGUGCCAUCUUUCAACAAUGUUUCCCACAUCACUUCCAAGGCAAUAUUAAAAAAUAUGCUAAAAAAUUUCUGAGUUUUCUGCAUCCUUACACUCAGAUAACCUUUGAGGAAUUCUCAGGCAAAUAUAUGAAAAGUAGCGAAGCCUUCUCUAGAAUAAGAACGUAUCUCAAAGACAAGCCCUCUGCAUCUGCUAAGCGGCUUAAGGCUGAUAAUGUCAAAGACAGCCACUCUGUAGUCCUUAGCAUGGAUUACACUGAGGACGUCACUGAUGAGUUUCAAGGAGUGACGGUUUGGAAACUCAUCACUGAGUCUUAUAUCAGUCAUGUGUUGGAAGAAGGGAAGGCAAUUGGAGCCAGGAAUCGACAGCAGAAGCUCUACGCCAACAAUCCUAGUGAUAACUGGUAUGGAUACAAGAGGAGCAAAUGGAAUGAAGUGGUUUUUGACCAUCCUGCAACUUUUGAUACUUUGGCAAUGGACACGAGGUUGAAAGAAAAAAUCAGGAACGAUUUUAUCAAGUUUAGCAAGGGGAAGGAGUACUACAAGCAAGGAUUGGGAAGGCAUGGAAGCGUGGCUAUCUCCCUUAUGGAUAACACAGAGUUGAAGAGGCUUUUGAUUGACACAUCAAAUAAGUCAAUCAUAGUGAUUGAGGACAUUGAUUGCUCUCUUGAUCUUACUGGCAAAAGAAAGAAGGAGAGGGAGAAAGAAAAACAAAGAAGGAACGGAUCCACUUGUGGCGAAGAAAGGAUCAUUGUGUCUACCACUAAUCAUAAGGAGAAACUUGAUCGUGCUCUAAUAAGGGGUCGAAGAAUGGACCAGCACAUAGAGAUGUCCUAUUGUUGCUUUGAAGCAUUCAAGGUGCUAGCAAAGAAUCAUCUUUGCAUUGACUCUCAUCCAUUGUUUGGAGAAAUUGGCAAACUUCUGGAGAAAACCAACAUGAUUCCUGCUGAUGUUGCAGAGAAUAUGAUGCCAAAGUCAGAAGAGGACGAUGUGGAUACUUGUCUGAAGAAUUUGAUUAAAGCUUUUAUGGAUGCAAAGGAGAAAGCUAAAAAGAAGGCUGAGGAAGAAGUACGGACGAAGGAGAGGACCAAUCUGCUAAAGAAAAUGUUUAAAAAGAUGAAACCUCAACCAAAGUGAAAAAGGAAUGGCCUCUCCUAUCAAGCAACCGAUCUUGACUUCACUGUAAAUCAUUGUUGUUGUUCAUAUUUCUCACUCAUUCCCUAGAUUUCUAAUAAGCAAUUAUCCAAAUUGUGCAUAUGUAAAUAGGUUUGGUAUUCUAGCUUUUCCAUUUGUAAAUAGGCUACCUAGAUUAGGUUUUCGUAUGUAAAUAGGUUUGCUAUUUUAGGUUUCCUUCGGUAAAUGGGUUUGGUAUUUUUCUAUUUCAGGUUUCCAUAUCUAAAUAGGUUUGCUAGUCUAGGUUUCAUAGGUAAAUAGGUUUGCUUGUGUUGGUCAAACAGAUACCUAAGUGUCUGUGUAAGUCCCCUCUUCGCAGCAAUAAAAUGGUUAAGCCAUU